AGUCGUUGCUUUUGGAGGGAUGAUAUCGAACCGGAUGUUAUUGAUUACUUGUAUGUAAAUGAUUAUUUGGACGUGAAGACCUGCUCAUGAAGGGACCUCCAGUCUGAUGAGAGCUGCCCACACUGCUGUUAACAUGCUGGAAGAUGGAGCUUCUACUUCUGUCAGUCUCAUCCCAGUCUGAUCUUGACAUUGAUGGGUUCCACGAGCAGCUCCAGAACGACGCCCACUUCCUGUGCUCGGAUGGAAGGAUGGACGCUGAGCUGGUGGACCAGCUGGUGCUGCAGCUCAACAGGAUCUACCCUCAGAUACUCAGCGACAAGGAAGCCCACCGAUUCAGGAACCUGAGCGUUCCCAUCGAGGAGCGCGUGUUCGAGCUGCUGGAGCAUCUGUACGGGGAAGGCGAAGAGGCCUGCCAUGAAUUCUACAGAGCGCUUCAGAUCCACGCUGAAGACGUCUACUCUGACCUUCCCACCACGAUGAGAAGAAGAGAGACGGAGGAACCGACCCAGGCGGACGCCGUGGCGGUCUACGAGAAGCAGUACGUGCUAAAUGACAAAGGGCCGAUGUUCUUCCUGAGCUGUUUCAGUGUUGCUGUUGGGAUUGCAGUUCUCUUCUAUUAUGGAGAUGGUGAAACCUUCAGGUGUACCGGAGGGUUUCAGCACUGCUCUGCAGCAAGACUCAGUACAGAUGCCUUUGUUUCCUACGCACACGUCGGAAAGCAGAAAUAAUGGUGGUGAAAUGCUGAACAGCUCACCAUGUGAAGGGAAUAAGCCUUAAAAA